AUGAAUGUGAUCCUAGCUGCUUUGCUGACCUUUCUAGCAUCUAUGGAACUCGCUCAUGCUCUGAAGUGCUACACCUGCAAGAGGGCCACGGACCUUGGAAAAUGUGUCUCCAUCACAAACUGCUCUGCGGAGAUGACCGCCUGCAGGACCACAGUGCUCUCUUUGGAUACAGGAUACCCGUUCUUUGGAAACGUCUCCGUGGAGAAGUCCUGCUCCAAAGACUGCAAACCUUCUGAUCCUGAUUCGCUCGGCGAGCGUCACCCCGACUAUUGCUGUUACACGGAUCUGUGCAACGUUGGUGCAGGGUCAGAAGUCAGUGCAAUUGUGUCCACCAUGACCGUUGCGGUCACUUUGGCCCUGGCCCUUCUCUGGACGGGAUUGUAA